UCAGAGACAGAGAGAGGUAUAUAUACAAAGCAUCAGUGAGUUUCUUUUCCACCGUGCAAGCAGCAGGAAAAGUGUGUAUCCCCGUGUUGGGCCGUGUGGCAUGUGUAUAUACAAGUUCCUUGAACUGGAAGGACCCCUGAAGACUGCACAAUGAAGAUCCGCUUCAGCGACCUGCUGUCAGACUUUUUAUUUGAGUACGAGACCCCCCGCCAGGUGCUGGUGAAGAACAAGAGGGUGGGGGUGGUGUGCCGGCUCAUCCAGCUGGGGGUCCUGGUCUACAUCAUUGGGUGGGUGUUUAUCUACGAGAAGGGCUACCAGUCCACUGACACUGCUAUUAGCUCCAUCAUGACGAAGAUGAAAGGCAUUGGCGUUACCAAUGAGAACGGCACGGCGCGCAUAUGGGACGUGGCGGAUUACGUCUUUCCGGCACAGGGAGCCUCAUCGUUUGUGGUGAUGACAAACUACAUCAUGACAGAGGGACAGCAGCAGGGUACGUGCCCAGAGCCUCAGGCUAACUGCACGUCGGACACGGACUGCAAGGGAGGAACAUUCAAACGUACGGGACAUGGGCAGCUGACUGGGAAAUGCCUCACGGGGGUUAGAAAGUGUGAGAUUCAAGCCUGGUGCCCCACUGAGAACGAACCUAAGACCCCUGACCCGGCUCUUCUGAUGUCAUCAGAAAACUUCACGCUUUACAUCAAAAACUCGAUCGCCUUUCCGGAAUUUAAAGUCUCCAGGAGUAAUUUGGUGGAAGAUGUGAACAUCACUUAUCUUACAAGCUGCAUCUAUGAUCCAAAAAAUAACCCCCUCUGCCCCAUCUUCAGACUGGGGGACAUCGUGAAACUCUCUGGUUUCCAAUACGCAGACAUCGCCAAAGAGGGUGGUGGCAUUGGAAUUGUCAUAGACUGGAAGUGUGACCUUGACUUCCCCGUGAGAUACUGCAAACCUGACUACUCCUUCUACGCCCUUUAUGGCGACGCACAGAAGACUGACUCCACCCAGUCAUCCCUCGGCUACAACUUCAGGUACGCUAAAUAUUACAUGGAGAACGGGACAGAGAAAAGGACACUCAUUAAGGUGUUCGGCAUACAGAUCGACAUCCUCGUGUGGGGGGAGGCAAGGAAAUUCGACAUCAUCCCAACCCUGACGGCCAUUGGUUCUGGAGUGGGCAUUUUCGGAGUGGCCACCGUAGUCUGUGACCUGGUUCUUCUGUAUGUCCUGCCCAAAAGAGACCUGUAUAAGAACAUGAAGUUCAAACACACAGAAAUCCAGGAGAAGAAACCAGCUUCAAAUCUGGACGAUGGAAACACAGCAAACGAAGGGGCAGGACUGCACUGAAAUGCUUCCCAGGACUGCUGGUGACCACAGCCAGACUCCCCCCCCCCCCCCCCGACUUGAAAACCAGGGCCAGCCAGUGACCUGCUGACAGACUGCCUCAUACAGCCCCCAACAUCUGUAUAAAUCCCCAGAGAUGUAUAAAAUGCAUGCACACGAGUGUUUUUGUAUAGAAUUGGAAUAUACAGUACAUAUAUGUCUUGGAAUAAAAUCUUUUGCUAUUAAUGUUAUGGGCAUAAGCUUGUAGCAACCAAUGUCAGCGAUAAGACAGAAGCAAGUCACUAUAUUGGAUAUACUAUGUUAUGAAACAUGCUGGUCAGUCUCUGACUGCCUCUCAUUUCAGUUGAAUUAUGCUGCUUGCGACAUCUGUACAUGUUUUUGAAAAAGUUGAAACACUCAGGCAUUUUCCAAGAAAGCUUGUAUGAACAGCUCGAUGUUUUAAGAUUUAAUAUUUUUUUAUUGAUAUGGAGCAUUAAAAUAAAAAGCAUCUCAACACAA